AUGGUGCAGCUGCAUCAUGAAGAUAAAUGUAAAAAUCCCAUCUGUGAUAUGAAGACAAAGAAGUACUUGAAAGAGCUUAAAAUCCUUCGAAGCCAACUAGAUGAACUACAGGAAAUUCUGAAGAAGAAAAAUCCAUCAGUCGAACAACACAUUGCCACAGGAGAGACUGAUGCUCAAAAUAAGACAACAUUCGAAUAUCUAUACAAGAAGAAAAGAACAGACAUUGUGAGUAAUAAUGAAGCUACCGAUUUAGAUGAGCAUGAAAGGAAUACAAAUAAUAAACUUAGAUUGAAAAUUGAACCUACUGAAAAAUCAUUGACGAUGAUGAAUAAAACAAAAGCAGCAUCAGUAGGCAAGGAAAAACAAAUGAUGAUGGCGACAGCAACAACAACAACGACAGCAACAACAGCGACGAAAACGCCACUGAGUCAGUCAACUAAAGGUACACGUCAAAAAGUGACGAUAAUACCAAUCGCCAACCAAAUUAAUGAACCUCAACAGGCAAGAACUUGUGAUGAAUUAUUAUUAACAAAUGGAAUGGAGACCAAAUAUGUUAUCCUGCCUAAAUUAGAAUCAUCACCGAACAGAAGAAGACGAUUCAUCAGAUCACAAUCAAUCGAUCCGAAUUCAUUAGUGACAACAUGUCAAACAGACUACAAGUUUAUUAUCCCUAAUAGUUCAAUGCCUACAACACAAACAAUUUCACAAAAUGUUAAUCACAAUGAAACUCAUAUGAUUACACCUGUACAACAAAAUGAUGUCAGUAUAAAUCUCACAAGUCGAACUGUUGAAUCUUCGCCUAACAAUGAAUUAAAACCUUGUUCAUCUCUAAUAAGCAUAAAAAGUAGAGAAACAGACUUAGAACGCCAAAAUCGAGGAGAGAUUAUGAAGUGUUUAGUUGAAAAAGAAUCAGUUUUAUGAAAAUAAAUCCUACUAGUG